ACCCCUCGCUCACCGUUCGAACGGCCCUUGUCGAGAACGAGCUUCAAGAUCGAUCUACGCAUGCGAUCCGUGUUCUAGAUCUCAACACAGAUCAGACUGUUUGCGAGCCGACCACAUCUGUCAUCGCCCGUCAUACUAGUACGAAAGGUUCGUCCUCGGAAUACAAUCACAGCCACCUGCUGCUGAGUAGGAGUGAUAUCCAGCGACGGGAAGUUGCAUAACGGCGGGGUUGCCUAAACGGCGGAAGUUGUAUCUUCUGCUUGCCAUCGUCGGUGGAUUUAUCUCACCGACCAACUGUGGUUGACUUUCCACGUUCUCUGGCAGAACAGAAUAUUUCACGCCGUCUUCGUCUUUAUUUCCCCCUUUAGAACGGUACAUUAGAUACGUCCUUCGUACGUCAAGAAGAUGGCCGCUACAUUUUCCUACGCACAAGCAGCAAAGGGCGUCGCUGCCACAAAUUCGCCCGCCGAGCCAGUUCCCAUGUCCGACGAGCAGAAUGCCGAGGUUAACGCGGAACAGUCCACGGAGGCUGUACCUGCCAAGGUGGAGGCAAACACCGAAUCCGAGAAUGUGAACGGCACCAAUGACAAGGAAGCUGAAUCGUCUAGCGUUGGCAACUCUUCGUCUACCUCCGGCACGCUCAAGGAUGAGGAUGGAUCAAAUACGCCCAAUGGUACCUCAGAGUCUACCUGGGACAAGCAGUCCCAAGCAUCCGGACCGGAGAAGGCGACCGGUGAAGAAGAGGGCACUGAUGACAAGACGGAUGAGAAGGAGAAGAGCGCACCGGCUAAGGAGCUUAAGGCUGCCCCCCUCCCGACAGUGAACGUGUGGCACCAGAGAAAAGAGGCCCAGGCGGCUAAGGUCAAGGCUAUGGCCGCAUUGAAGCCCGCUACGAAGGCCGGAACUCCCAAGACUACGUCCGCUGCUUCCUCAACAUCAGGCGACCAGCAGCAGGAGCCCGCGAAGCCCGCUUCCAAGAAAAAGGGAACCGAUGGCCAGGAAAGUGCCAAGGACCGCAAGAAGACCGACGGAGCCAAGGGACGGGACGAGAGUGCAAGCAUUCCCCCCGUGGGAGAUGCCAACCUUUGGCCGACGCCCGAUGUUGCUCAAGGUGAAGAGAAGAAGAAGCCUCAGGAGAAGUCCGAGAAGAGCCCUGUGAUCCGCCCUCACGGCAAGGAGAAGUGGAUGCCUGUCCCAUAUGUCCCGACCGCCGUCUUCAACACCCCUCUUCCUUCCGCUGGCCGUCGCGGUGGAAGAUCGGCCCGUGGUGGACGUGAGGGGGCUCGCAAUGGCACCCAUGGCGCUGAGAAGAAUGCUUCCGGCCAGGCCGCGCAGGGCUCCACGAAGCAGACGACUGCUGCAGACAGAGGCAGGAACGAGCCCAACUCAGCUCGCGCUAACUCUCUGCCUGCGCAAUCCAGGCGCUCUAACAGCGUGGAUGCUGGACUGCCCGACUCCCGUAAGCACCAAUCUGGUCGCGGACCCAAGGGAGCUGAGAACGUCCACGCCGCCCAAGGUGGCAAGAAUGUAAAUGGCGCCGAUACUUUCCCCCGUCACCACCGCGAUGCUAAGCAAUUUGCCAAGGGUCAUGAAAAGGGCUCCGAUCAUCACUCCAGGAACCCCCAGUUGUCCGUCGAUACACAGGCUGGUCCUCGCUCCGGGUCUGCUCGUCCGGACAAUGGCCCGAAAUCUGGCGAUUUCACCGGAUUUCACGACCGCAAAGACAAGGACUUCUCUCGCGAGUCGCGCGCCGACCGGGGACGAGGCUCCCACCGUGGAGGGCGUGGAGGCCAUGCCGGCUUCAACGGCGCCCAGAACACUCACUUCGCCAACAACCACAUGUCGCACCACACCUUCACUCCAUUCAAGUCUUUCGGCUUCGGUGAUCGCCAGAGAUCACAACAGCACGGUCCUGCUAAUGGCUCAUCAGGGGGCCACAGAAUGUCUUUGCGCUCUCCUUCCCUCCCCAACGGUGCCAUGUAUCCCCCCGUCUAUACUUACCAGCCGGAGAUCAACAGCAUAUACAGCUUCCCGCAAAUGCAUGCUGCUCCCAUCAGUCCAAUCCCUUAUCAGCAGUACAUGGAGCCUUUCUCUGUCAUGAGCAUGCUCGGAAUGCAAUUGGAAUACUAUUUUUCGGUUGAUAACCUUUGCAAGGACUUGUUCCUUCGCAAGCACAUGGACUCGCAGGGUUUCGUCGCUUUAUCCGUCAUUGCCAGCUUCAAGCGGGUUAAGUCCAUGACCGAAGACUUCAACCUCCUGCGUCACGUCUCUCACUCGCUGAGAACCGUCGAGUACGUCACAGGCGAAGACGGAAUUGACCGUUUGCGACCCCGGGAUACGUGGGAGCAGUGGGUUCUCCCCCUCGAGCAGCGCGACCAGUCUGCCCAGAAUGAGGGUCCUGCCACCGUCAGUGUCCUCAACCCUCCCAAACAGGAUGACGCCCCCAUGUUCCAGAACAAUGUGGAAGGUGUGAAUGGUUCAGUCGCCAAUGGCACUGUUGAAUCCCGGGCUUCGAAGACACUGUCAUCCGACGCUCCGGAAUUCUCGCCUUCUCAGUCUGUCAAUGCCCAGACUGAAGUCGCAAACGUGGAGUAAAUAUAGUCCACGUUUAUUCCAAUGAAACAUACGGAGUUCGGCGACCACGUGUUCUAGAUGCACACUGCCUAAAUGGCUAGGCUACCAGGCAACCUACUGAAGCUAGGUAAUCAGCCGGAACUCUGGUCCUGCAAUUGUUUCCCGAUUUCCCUCAACGACCACUCACAUACACUCAUACGAGUAUCGAUUCACAUCCCUUACCAGAAACCUCAAUUGUGACCGCUCUCGACUCUUACCCAAUUCUCGCCAUUCUUCCUCCCCGAAAAUUUCCAAUGCACAAAUGUACAAUGAAUUUCCCAGAGCUUAGCGUUUGAUGA